CUGAUGGUCGGUCGUCAUUUUUCUCUCUGUGUGUGUCAUUUUGGACACAUUACGUACAUAUGUGUAUACGUAUACACGUGUGUGUGCGUACAGAUGCGGACAUGUAAUUGUAAUGGAUCGGUUGACUCAGUGAAGGAGCGUCUUUAUCUGCCAAUCGAUCGACCGACUGAGUGAGUCAUUGGCUAACGUACUGUGUCUGCCAUCGAUCGUCAUGAUGGUGCCAGGCUGCCGGGUGACGAUGGCCGUCUGUCUGCUUCUCCUCUGUCUCACCAUGGUGCGUAUCCCAACACACACAACACGCAGCAGACAGCCGCAGCUCAUUCACAGUGUGUGUGUCGUUGCUUGCUGCAGGUGCUGCGUCAGUCGAGUGGCGGCCGCGCCUCAUCGGUGAGUCGGUUUGACUUCAUGCGCUACGACGGCCGGCCAUUCGUGGCUGACAACUCAUUCGUCAAGUGAGCAGAGAGGGACCAAUGAUGGCUGGUUGAUGUAUGUGUGCCGUGUGUGUGCAGUGGUGGUGCGGAUCGUCCUCUGGGUGUGUUCAAGCCGGGCCCCUCGCUCGCGAUGCAGAAGGCACGGGAGCUGGCCAGGCAGAGGAAAGAGCGCAGGAGAUAUGAGAGGGACGCACGCAAAUCCAUCGCCUACUAGUGAGUGCACGCAUGACAGACAGACAGAUGUGUGUGUGUGUGUGUGUGUGUGUGUGUGUUGCCAGUUACGAGAAGGAGUACCAGCACGACAGCGACUUCCCAGUCCCAUCAAUCCCAUCACUCCGGUUAGUUCAGCCGACAGGCUUGUGAUGAUCGAAGGAUGUCGUGUCGUGUCGUGUGUAGGCUGAAGGACGUGUCGUUCCCGCGGUCCACCAUCGUGUGACGAGGAGUCAGACAGAGCAGACACACAAGAACCGACUGCCGGAUCCGU